AUGAGACUUCUCGUUGCCUUCUUCGCCUCCCUCUUCGCGCUUGCAGUGUCCGCCAUCGACCUCCUCGAACUUCAGAAGAAGCUACCGCCAUGUUCCCUACCUUGCCUCAUACAAGGCGUCAGCGACAACGGCUGCUCGAUCGACGACUUUGCCUGCCAGUGCUCGAAGCUCGAGAAGAUCAUCAAGACCGUCGCGCCUUGCCUCGUCAAAGCCGGCUGUGGGCUUGAGAACAUUACCGCAACGGCCUCGAUCGUGUUCGAUGUGUGCGAGCAUGACGUACCCGACAACGUGACGCUCGAGACGUCGACCAACACAGCGCCCGCUGGCGCAAAGGCCACAUCCGGGGCCGUCACGACGGCAAUGAUUGCCCGGGGCGCAGGCUGGGCAGCCAUCGCAGCCGUCGCCGCCUCGGCCGUCAUGCUAUGA